AAGGGAAAUAAACAUAUAAAAAUAUCCUAAAUAAUGAUUGGAUGAUUUCAAUAUUAAUAUACUUUUAAACUUUUACUCAAAUAUGUUACCUUAUUGAUGUGAACACGUAAACACAUUAGAAAAUAUUAUGUGGUCAUAAUAGUUUCUAUUCGUUAAUCAUUCUCUUAUCAGUCAAAAUAAAGAGGAUGUCAAUUUCAUUAAUGUACCACCCCCUUUCAUAAGCAUUAAUAUAUAUAUAACAACGACAUUAAGUAUAUUACUGUUUUGAUAAUUAUUGUUAAUUUUACUUAUUUAGAAUAAAAAAUAAUUUAUGUUUGCUGAUAAGUAACAAAAGGAUAGUACAGCAAAAUACAAUCUCGUAGAAACACAUUUUCAAAAGACUAAAUCUUAAUUAAUUUUAACAAAAAACAAUUAGUAAUAAUAACUAUGAGACAAAAGUGUCUACGAAAUUCUAAUCGUUAUUUCCAUUUUCAAUGGAUCUGUUCAAUAAUGAUUAUAAUUAUAACUGUAAUUAUAAUACCUAAGAAAACAUUUUCAAUGACUAUACAACAUAGUCAAAAACCAAAUGAUUUCUAUGGUGUUAUUAAUAAUGAUGAUAAUGAUGCUGAUGAUUCAACUCUUAGCAGUAAUAAUAAUUAUCAAAGAUAUUUGAGUGAACAAUCAUUCAAUCCAUAUCAACAUGAACUAAUCAAAUAUCCUAAUAGUAUUACAUAUAAACGUGGUCCAGCUCCCUUAGCAACAUCAUUUAGAAAUUCACCAUCAUUUUCGUUUAAUGGUGAUAUGCGUUCAAUUUCUAAUUUAAGACAUAUGAUGUCUGGUGCUAAUCCAUUAACAGCAUUUGGUAUUGCUACUAAACGUUGA